AUGUGCUCCAUUAUCCUUCGGUUCCGUUCGUUCCCCUUUGGCUUCUCAGCAGACAUUGAGAAGGCAUUUCUUCAUGUUGGUCUUAAUGAGGAUGAUAGAGACUUAACAAGAUUUCUCCAGCUCUCAAACCCCCAGGAUCCGGAAAGUGACUUACAAGUGUACCGAUUCAACCCUGUUUUGUUUGGUUCGACAAGUUGCCCGUUCAUGCUCAAUGCAACACUACACCAACACCUAAGCCAAAAUACCACACUGGUAGCUGAGGACAUGAAAGAGAAUAUCUAUGUUGACAAUGUCAUCUCCGGUUGCAAUCAAGAACAAGAAACAGUGGAGUACUAA